AUGCGCUUGUUCUUGCUUAGUCUGGUGCUGGUGCUGGGAGCACGGGCACAUAGCAUUGGUUAUCGCACCAAUUUGUACGCCUAUGCGCCAGCGCGUGGUGAGUUUCCCGUAAGCAGUGGGCUGGCUCCUGGCUACCUGCGCUACUUGGAUCAGACGGGUGCGGAGCGCUUGGUGGCCUUUAACUACCCGGAUCCGCUUUAUGGCAUACGCAGCGAAGCCGCCGCCGCCGUAAAGAGUAGCCCAAGCAGUCCCGAUUAUUUGUCUCUGUUCCGCGCCUGGUGCGAGCAACGCUACAAUGCGCUGCGUGUGGAGCUGGAGCGUGUGCGUGCGGAGGGCAAGCAGCCCACGCCAAGUAUGCUGGCGCAGUAUGAGCCGCUGGAGCAGAUUAUCAAACAGAAUGCCUUUGAAGCAGUGCCCGGCUUGAGUCCCGAGGUGCAGCGAGCUCGUGAUGAGCAUUUGCGCAUCUGGAACGCGGCCAGGCUGCAGGUGCUGCAAGCCGAAAAGUCGCCAGUGUAUCAGCAAGAGCAGCAGCGCAUAGAACUCAAAUCGCAGCCAGCCACAAACUUUGCUGCAAUCGAAACAACUCCCGUUCAAAUCCAGCCACAGACCCAGACGCAACCCCAAGCUGUGCAGGAGACGCAGGAAGUGCUGCGUGCACGUGAGGAGCAUCUGAAGCGCUAUCAGGAGGCACUGCAGCAGCAGCCAACAGCAGAGCAGCCACAAGCUCAACCAGUUCAACCAGCGCCCUUUGCCAAGACCAACAUUGAGCCCGCCAAGCCAGUGGAGGAGACCGCCGAAGUGAAGCGUGCGCGUGAAGAGCAUUUGCGGCAAUAUCAGGAGGCGCUGCAGCGACAACAACAAAGUGAAGAAAAGCAACCACAAUACCAAGUGAUUGCUGCGCCUUUGCCCACUGCUGCCAUCAAGAGCCAACUGCCCGCCAGCAACAUCAAAGUGCACGAGCAACAGUUGCAGCUGCUGAACAAGGACAAGCUCAUCGCUGAGGACAAGGUAGCCGACAUUGAAGACAAAAUACGCUAUGAGGAGCGCGAGCAGCUAGCCGAACGUCGUCGUGAGCAGGAACAGCGUGAGCUGGAGCAACGCCAGGCAGAACUGGAGCGUCAACGCGAGGCAAUGCGUCUAAGCGAGGAGCAACAACUGCUGGAGACCGAACGCAUUGCGCUGCAGCAGCAAGAGCAGGCGCGUCUGGAAGCCGAGCAGCUGGAGCAAGCGACACUGCUGCAGUCGGAGCAGCCAAGCUACAAGGCAACGCCCGCUCCCGGCAAGCCACAGCCCGCUCAAUCGCCAGCGCAGUCGCAGCCACAGCUGAUCACACAACAGCAACAGGUGCAGAACGGUUUCUUUCUACGCAUACAAGCUGGCGAGGCACAGCCUGCGGUUGUAGGCACGCCCAUUGCCAAUGCCGAGAGCUACUUGCUGGCCGAGCACAGUCAGAAUCCCUUCCUGCUGCGCUACAUUCAACACUCACCGCAGGCUCAAGCGCAGGUCAAGUUCAGCAACGAGAAGGCAGCAGCUGCUAUUUCCAGCACCAGCACCAGCUCCAGCGCUAGCGCCAGCUCCAAUUCGAUUAGUGAGCUAGAGCAGGCUACACGUGAGCACUUCAAGGCGCAUGCGAUUGCGUUGGAGCAACUGCGUCUGGCCAAUCAGCAGCAGCCACAGGUGCUGGCUGUGCCCUGCGGUGAAAAGCAUGAACGCUCCUUUCCGUAUUAA